GUUUAUCAAGAGUAUAGCCAGCAUUAUUGAAAUUGCUGAGUUUUCUUAAUAAAAAUUGCUUAACAAUUUUUGUAAAAAGAAAAAAAUAUGUUGCGUACUUUUUCAUUGAAUGGUUUGGCUUAUACAAUUCCAUCCGUCAAUUGAUGAUUCUGUAGUAUAUACAAAUAAGCAAACAAAUCCCAGGGUGCCACAAUCCGCGUAACAAAUGACGACUGACAUGAUCGUAAAAAAAUCAUUCUUUCAAAGGAUUCCUCAUCAGUGAAAAGAAUCCCAUAACUGAUGUAGGCGUCAUGUUGGCCACAUCAGACAUAAAUAUAGGUAUAUGCGAAAAUUAACAACAUCUUACAAAUUAACACUUCCAUUAUACCUGAUAGUGAUGCGUCGAUUUACUUCUAAACAAGAAUCUCCCGAUGAAAACCGAAACUACUUGUAUAGUAGCCAUACGGGAUCAAGACUUAAUGAUUUCAACGAGUAUCUCAACGAGUUUCCGGAAGCUGGACCACUAACUGAAGACGAAGAAUACCAAACGCUUAAUAGAAAAGAAUCUAUCACUGAUGAAGUCGGUGACGAAUCUUCCUUGUCAUCAAACAAAAACUCUGGUGAUCGCGGACGAGUGCGCCUAAUGUCAUUCGACGCAUUGGGAAGCAUCUUCUCAUCGAAGCCUAAAAGAAAACAGAACCAGAAAGGCGGGUCUACAGAAAACUCUGGAGAAGAAGAUAGCGAGGAACUUUUGAGAGAUCAAAGCAAUGAUCGUGACUUAAACUUACUAGAUUAUCUUUAAUACCAAUAUCAUUAAAUAUGCCAUGCAAGG